AUGGCGGCCAGAACAAAACCGUCGAAUGCCAGUACAAAGACGAGUGCUCAAAAAACGAAAUCGAAUGAAAAGAAUAAUCGAAAUAACGAUUCAAAGAAUAAAUCGAAUAACGUCUAUCCCUUCGAAUUUAGUAAUUUCAAACAAAAUUUUCAUCAACUAUUUGACCUCUUAAGAAAAGAUGGUGUCGUUUUCGAAUGUGAUGCUGAAGCACCUUCACCAUCGAAAGAUUAUGGACAGUUGCAAAUUACCACCGAUAAGGUAUUAUUACGUUGGUGGAAAAUAACGUUGCGCAAUAUUGAAGGUACAAUAUAUCCUGGCGAAAUAAAAGAUUCUUACGAAGAUUUUUAUCAUGAUGAAAUUGCGCAACUAGAAAUACAGCGUAUAUUUGGUCAAAUAACAUUAGAUUAUUGUUUAAAUCUCGUCCGUGGACAUAUCGAUUGGCUCAAUAGAUUACCGGAAAAAUUACAGGUUCAUAUUUUAUCUUUUGUUAAUCUUGAAGAUGUACCACAAAUUUCACUUGUAUCAAAGUCAUUUCGUACAUUGUGUCGUAAUAAUGAUUUAUGGAAAUCAUUUUAUAUUCGUUACUAUGAUCGACAGAACAUCUCGCGUGAAUUGAUCAAUUUAGCCGAGAAACGAGGUUGGAGACAUGUCUUCUUUACAAAUCGUCUUAAAUUACAGAUGCAAUUGAGACGAGAAUCACAACGUUUACCGGUGGCUAUUCAAGAUGAUACAACACAUUUAGAACGUCAGCGAACAUCAACAAAACAUCGUAAAGAUUUAGCGAGUAGUUUGAUGAAAAUAAAUGAAUAUGACACACGUUUCACGAGUACGCGUCAUUAUGUAAAUCCUUCAAUUCGACGUCAUUCAUUCAGUAUAAAAACAAUAACAAAUAUUUCUGAAAAUGAUAGUUUUGAAGGUGAAGAAAUAUCGCCAAGAUCAAUACGAUCUUCUUAUGUUGCUGGUGGAGGUGGUGAUUAUUAUCGAAUGUCACCGCUGAGAAAUCGGACACCAUCGCCUACUCUCUCAACACGAUCGAUGGCUGGAAGUGUUGCAUCGAAAGGAUCUCAAUUGGAGCCUGUGCAUCCAUAUCAUGAGCGAAAAAAACGCUAG